AUGGAAGCGAAGGACCGGCUCGUUGAGGAGGUGGUGCUCCUUGCUCUGUUUUUGGUAUCGACGGCAAGCAAUUCUUUGGCCCUCUUGGUUUUCUGUCGUCGACCCGGACUAAGGACUAUUUCUAAUCGGUUCGUCAUAAAUCUACUGGCGACAAAUUUGGUGACGACCUCCCUUCUUGCGCCCGCGCUGUUUGGCGAGUACUUUGCAAGGGAGGGAGACAAUUGGGUGGAAGCUGGUGAUGUUGCGGCUUCAGCCUGCAGUUUGGCUGCGCUCUUGGCAGUCAUGUUGAUUGCUCUCGACCAACAUCAUGCUGUCACUGACCCUCUCCGGUGCCACACACGCCUGCUCCAACGCCGCCCAGCAGCUCUAUGCGCAGCUACUUGGCUCGCUGCAGCUUUAGCAGCAACGAUUCGUGCUACCAUUGCAGUAUUCCACCAUUAUUAUCCGCAAGAACUAAUUGUGCAAAAAGUUGAACUCUCUUACUAUGUCGUGUACUUCAUCGCUGGUGUUCUCCCUCCAGUGGCAACAGUUUGCGUCAUGUACACAAGAAUAUACCGUGCGGCUCGGUCUUCUGGCUUAAGAGCGAGGGCACAUGGGGCCAGUGCUCUACAACUUCACGAACCGCCAAUCAAUUUACCAGACUUGGUGGAAGAAGGUGAAGGUCUUACUUUAAAAAUUGAUGUUCCUGACAACGUCGCUGAAAGUAACCGCAAAUUUGGACCGUUUCUGCUUCCUCCUGAACGACCUGCCCGAUGCCCCUCCGUGGCGAGUUUACGAAAUGCAAGGAAAGAGGGCAAAUCCAGUGAGGAUCUAAGAAAAUGUUUACCAUCGGUUAGCUCCGCGCCGUCUCUUGCUGCGCCAUUAUUAUCUGUUCAAUCUCGACCGAUUGCAACACCGAAUUGUUCAAGAAUAACGUCUAUUAGGUGUAGAAUAUCUAACGCUUCUUUAUUUAGAUAUAGGGAAGAAUCUCGUGCUGCCCGAGUUGGACUAUUGACGGGUGCGCUAGUGAUGUUGCAUUUGCCACACGCAGUGGCUGCUUUUGUGUCGGCCGUAGUGCCAGGAUUAGCAGUGAGCGUUCGAACUCCAGCGCUUGCUUUACUAUUGCUCGCUUCAGCGGUAUCUCCUUUCCUUUUCGCUCUGCGUUCACGACGGGUACAGCGUGAAGCACGGCGUAUGUUUCUACCAGAAAAGAGCGCGUGGGAUCGCGUAACGGGUGCAGCAUCGUCAGCGGCUGCUGAUGGACAGCGUGCUCGUGCCGCUUUAGAUCUGCUGCGAACGUUGACACCGGGAGUUGAUGAAGUUGAGAAUGGAGAUCGUGGUACGGCACCUGAAACUGGUAGCGAAGUGUACCGCAGCUCCUUCAGCUCCGGCGGCAGCACGCAGCUGUCAUCUGCUUCAGAAGAGUGA